CUCCUAUUUGUACUACUCAUUGGCGCAGCAGUGCGAAUCACCAUUUCCAAACUAUCCGAACGAACGAAAUGGGUGUACUUAGAAGAAUCUAGCUUAUUCCUUAUGGGUUCAUCAUCAUCGUCCCAAUCCACCAAUCAGAUGGAAGAAGAUUUGCUGCCGAACAUCCCGCCCAAAAUCACCGGCACGGAAGAAGAUUCUCAGCAAAUACUACUGCCGAACCUGCCGCUAGAAAUCAUUGUCGAAGAAAUACUGUCCAGGCUUCCCGUCAAGUCGCUGUUGCGAUCGAGGUGCGUUUGCAAGUCUUGGCGCUCUUUGAUUUCUGAUCCCAAUUUCGCGAGAAUCCAUCUCCGUCGAGCAUCAUCCAGCAACAUUAGUAAUGAUUGCACCCACCAUAGACUCUUAAUAAGUCACGGUGUUAGAUCACAUUCUCUUUACUCUGCUUUCCAUGAACAUUCUGAUGCUGCUGUUAGACUUGAUUACCCAGGGUGUGACCCCCGUGGUCUUGGGGAUGGAGUAAGGAUUUUAGGUUCAUGUGAUGGGUUGGUGUGCAUCGAAACUGCAAGAACUUUGUUUCUGUGGAACCCGUCAACGAGGAAAUCCAAGAGAUUGCCUAGUGUUCGUCUGCCGCCAGAUCAUUUAGCAGCUUAUGGGUUUGGUUAUGAUGCCUCUAUUGAUGAUUACAAAGUGGUGGGAUUCCUUUCUAAUGUGCACAUCGAUAUUGGUUUUCAUUUUGAAGUGGAGGUGUAUACAAUGAGGACAAUGAGGACCGAUUCGUGGAGAAGGAUUGGAGACUUUCCUCAUGGUCAUCAUCCUUACAGAACUUAUCGACAUUGUUCAGGGGUAUUUGUCAACGGGGCCCUCCAUUGGGAUUGGCGUAGGAAGACCAAUGGGAUUAUUGUUUCUCUUGAUUUGGCGACGGAGACCUAUGGAGAGGUUCUGAAACCUGAGUAUCGAGUUGGUCUUUCGCAUGAAAUAAUGUGUGCUGUCAAUGGAUGCCUGUGUGUGAUCCAUGACUACCGCACUUGUGCUGAUGUAUGGGUGAUGAAGGAAUAUGGUGUUAGAGAGUCUUGGACCAAGUUGGCUGCGGUACCUUACAUGGCAAGUGCAUCGAAUUUAAAAUCUACCACACUUGUUUGCGUUUUGAGGAAUGGUGAAGUUUUACUGCAUAUGCUUAACCGUAAGCAUUUAGUUCGCUACAAUCCAAAAGAUGGCACGAUUAGCUAUCCUCCGAUUUUUUUCAAUUUAGAGUAUUCUGGCGUGCAUUCGUACAUUGAGAGCCUGGUCUCGGUUGACAUGGAUGCUGACCAUGGGGUUCCGUGGCAACACCAAUACUAAAGGGAAUAAAGAAACUGUGAACGAGGAGAUGUGAUCAUAUUAUAGUCCUCGUGAAGGGAAGAAUUGUACUUGCUUUGGGUAAGAAAUUGGGUUGUGAUGAGAGGCAGUAGUCAUUUAGUUGUUUUUGUAUGGACAUAAUCUAGUACUUGCACAGCUUUGGAGGGUACCUAUGGGAUGGCUCUUUUGG